AUGGAUGCUAAACACUCCCCAGAAACUCCAGACACCGAGAAGGACCGGCCGGUGGUUGAUCUCGAGGAGAUUGGGGAGCGCGAGGGAUACAUGCUUUACACGCCGCGCACCCAGAAUCAGAACCUCAAAACUACAGAUGAUGGCCUGACCGUGCUGAUCCCACAGCCCACGAACUUUCCUCAUGAUCCACUCAACUGGUCGCCGUUCAAGAAAAAUCUCAUUCUUUUUGUUAUUUCGGCCACUGCGUUUCUGCCGGAUUAUGGCAGUGCCACGGGUGCGGUGACGCUUCUUCAGCAGGCCAAACAAUGGAACAUGACAGAGGAUCAUGUCAACCAUUCGCAGGCCGGAAAUAUCUUUAUGCUGGGGGUUGGUGGCCCUAUCGUUGUCGCUCUGUCUGCCUACUUCGGUCGUCUUCCGGUGCUGUUUUAUUUUGUGGUGUUGGCACUUGCGAUGGCAAUCUGGUGCACCGCAGCACAAUCAUUUGAGUCAUUCAUGGCUGCCCGCAUUCUGAAUGGACUUUUCUCGACGGUUGCACAAGGCGGCGGCCUCAUGUUCAUCAAAGACAUGUUCUUCCUGCAUGAACAGGCCCGCAAAAUCAACAUUUGGUCCGGGUCCAUCAUCCUCUCGCCCUACCUGGGGCCGAUGUUCGCGGCCUUCAUAACCAACACCCAGGUCUGGCAAUGGGCCUUCGGUCUAUACAGCAUCGAAACCGGCCUCUGUCUCAUCGCAAUCAUUCUCUUCGUCGAAGAGACGUACUACGAUCGCAAAAACCACCAGCCAGACCUCAUCCCCAACGCCCCACGAUGGAAACGCAUGCUGGGCAUCCAGCAACGUCAGAGCGGAUACAUCGUCAACACCCCGAAGGACGCACUCAUGCGCCCAAUCACCGUCAUCAUGAAGCCAGUCGUACUCCUAUCUACCAUUUACUAUAUGCUUACCUUCGCCUGGGUGGUAGGCGUCAACACAACGCUCUCCAUCUUCGUCGGCCCAUUAUACGGCUUCGGUCCUAAGCAAAUCGGUUUCUUUUACUUUACCCCCGUCGUAGCCGCCAUCCUGGGCGAACUCACCGGCCACUGGCUGCACGACUACCUCGCCAAGCUCGCCACAAACCGCAACAAAGGCCGUCUGGAGCCCGAAGCCCGCCUCCUCGCCAUCUGGUUCGCGACGCCCUUCAUCCUGGCUGGGAUCAUCCUCCUCGGCUUCGCCCUCGAAGGUGCAUACCACUACAUGCUCACUGCCCUGGGAUGGGGGUUCUACGUCUUCGGCGUGAUGAUCGUCACCGUCGCCAUAAACGCCUACGUCCUUGAUAGCUACCCGGAGGCUAGUGGGGAAGUGGCUGCGUGGGUGAAUUUUGGACGCACGACGGGUGGGUUUAUUGUGAGCUAUUUCAUGGUCGAGUGGGCCAGUAAACAGGGUGCGAGGAGACAGUUUGGCACGAUGGCGGGGAUUGUCGUCGGGGCGGUUUUGAUUGUUUUGCUGCUGCAGGUUAAGGGGAAGGCAAUGAGGGCGUGGGCUGGGCCGGUGAAUUUCAAGUCAGGUUGA